UGAAGCAUGUCUGGCGUUGUGAUUCAUGCAAACAAUCUGUGACAAAAGUUGCACCUCAGUUCAAAUUACAUCUACUUAUAAAGGAUGAAACCGGUGAAAAUAAGGUUAUGUUGCUUGAAACUAUUGCUGAACCAAUUGUUGGAGUAAGUGUUGAAGUGCUCUUAGAUGGUUCUCUGGAAGAGGUUGAGGAUCCUGAAGACUUGCAAGAUGUUAUUACUGCUCUUAUUGGGAAAAAUUUUAAGUUUGGUGUGUAUGUUGCUAAAGACAAUGUUGACUAUGGAGCUGAUAUAUUUACCAUUGGAGGAACUUGUUCUGCUAAUGAAAUAAUAUCCCUGUGUGAAGAUGACAACACUCUACUAUCUGAUCAUUCUUCUGGACAGGUUUCUUUGUUAAGCAUUGAAAGUGAAGACACCAAAGGUGCAUCUUCAACUCCAGUCUCCAAACGUUCAGGAAGUUUAAGGGACAGUCAAAUUGAAGACCUUUCUUCUACUUCAAAGAAACAGCGCUUUAAGAACAUCAAGCUGGAAAAGAAUGAUGGGGAGUAGUUAAAGGCUGCGUUUAGUUUUCAGAGUGGACUCUGAAUGUUUUACUCAUUCUCUAUUUCGUUUUUGUUUGCUUCAUUA